AUGAGCAGACCUCUCCUCCUUCUCAGACCUCUAGGCAGGUGUUUGACCCGGUGUACGCGGAGAGACCGGGUCGACAGCCUUUGUAUUCGGAACAAGACAACGGACAGCGGGUUCUCCCAGCGAGCUUCCUUGAACCGCUCAAAGACCCAGGGUUCGUCUCGCGGUCUUCUCCGAAAUCCUAUUCGAAAUGCACCGUCGCGGCCUCAGCCAAAUUUUUCCAAAGCUCAUGCAAGGCCCCAGCAAGUUGUUAUAUACCACGCCGGGAGUGGGAAAAUUGCUUUUAUCGGAAUGAUGCGCUUGUCCACAAUUUUGAUUUUCGUUGUCUCUUGCACCGUGGUUGCCCCCGCAUUCUAUGCCGCCGAGUACCCCUGGUAUAUACCGCCGGCCAUUAUUGCAGCGGGCGCGUUCCCAAUGUUGUUCGUUUCCUACACUGCUGCCCCGUUCGUCAACUUGGUCUACCUAGCAUUGCCAGCAUUUGCGCAACAGUCCAGGGAGCACAUGUUAUCCUACCUACAGAAUGUUCCCCGAACAGCCACAUUAAGCAUCGAGACUAUGAAGUUUAACUUCUAUCCUCGAAGAACCCAGGUCGCAAUCUCAGACCUAGCUCCUGGAAAAUCACUCACCCGGCCAGUUAGCUUCAUCAAUACCAACCCUCAGCCACAGCCAUGGUGGAGAGGCAAAGACGGUGUACAUUUCUAUACACCAGAGGCAAACAGACCAGCUAAAUCGACUCCCAAGUUUUUUCCAGAAGCUUGGGAGCGAGUAUUUGCCCAGAUUAAGCAGAACAGCCUUUUAAUGAAAAACAAAUGA